AUGAAUAGACCGAUCCAGGUGAAACCAGCGGACAGCGAAAGCCGAGGAGACAGAAAACUCUUUGUGGGCAUGCUUAAUAAGCAGCAGUCAGAAGAUGAUGUGCGCAGGCUAUUUGAGGCAUUUGGCAACAUUGAGGAGUGCACAAUCCUUCGGGGACCCGAUGGAAACAGCAAAGGGUGUGCAUUUGUGAAAUAUUCUUCGCAUGCAGAGGCCCAAGCAGCUAUCAAUGCCUUGCAUGGCAGCCAGACAAUGCCGGGAGCCUCUUCAAGCCUGGUGGUGAAGUUUGCAGAUACAGACAAGGAGCGUACAAUGAGGCGCAUGCAGCAAAUGGCGGGACAAAUGGGCAUGUUCAACCCCAUGGCCAUCCAGUUUGGAGCAUAUGGCGCCUAUGCACAGGCACUGAUGCAGCAGCAAGCCGCGAUCAUGGCUUCGGUGGCGCAGGGCGGCUACCUGAACCCCAUGGCAGCCUUUGCUGCAGCCCAGAUGCAGCAGAUGGCGGCUCUGAACAUGAAUGGCCUGGCAGCUGCCCCCAUGACUCCAACCUCAGGUGGAAGCACGCCUCCUGGCAUAACUGCACCAGCUGUGCCUAGCAUCCCAUCUCCCAUUGGGGUGAAUGGUUUCACUGGCCUCCCGCCGCAGGCUAACGGGCAGCCCGCCGCAGAAGCCGUGUUUGCAAAUGGCAUACACCCUUACCCAGCGCAGAGUCCCACUGCAGCAGACCCCUUGCAGCAAGCCUACGCUGGAGUGCAGCAGUACGCAGCUGCUUAUCCUGCUGCUUAUGGCCAGAUUAGCCAAGCGUUCCCACAGCCACCUCCCAUGAUACCACAGCAACAGAGAGAAGGACCAGAGGGCUGUAACCUGUUUAUCUACCAUCUGCCCCAGGAGUUUGGGGAUGCUGAGCUGAUGCAGAUGUUCCUGCCUUUCGGUAAUGUCAUCUCCUCGAAAGUGUUUGUGGAUCGGGCGACAAACCAAAGUAAAUGCUUUGGUGGGUAA